UUCCAUGUUAAAUGUUUUGUACGUCACUUUCGAGAAGAGUUUCAAGAGCAGAGGAAAGGCCUGAAAAACAUUUUCAUUGUUGAAAGCAAAAAUGAGUUCAACCAUCGGUCAGUUGUCGAUCCAACGCCCACGAUUCAAUCAUGUUUACUUGCAAAACAUUAGCUUUCAUUUACCAAAGCAAGUUCGGUUCCCAGUUUUGCCACUAAAUUCCCAUGUUCCUGUCCCUGUCAGUUCCAUUUCUCCGUUUGGGAGCUCUAGACUUUUGGUGUGUAAAUGUGCAUCAGAGAAGUUUUCAGGUUCUUUUGAAAGGGAUCCGGGUCAGGAAUAUGGACUCGACUCAAAUCAGACGGUUAAACAAAAGAAGGCUUCUAUAAUGGAGAUUUUGAAGCAAUCCAAUUCCAUUCUGCCUCAUGUUGUCCUUGCUAGUACAGUUUUGGCUCUUGUCUAUCCGCCUUCUUUCACAUGGUUUACCAGCAGGUAUUAUGCCCCUGCAUUAGGGUUUUUGAUGUUUGCAGUGGGGGUUAAUUCCAGCGAGAAGGAUUUUAUUGAAGCAUUCAAAAGGCCAUAUGCUAUUUUUGCUGGUUAUGUUGGCCAAUUUGUUGUGAAGCCUCUACUUGGAUAUAUUUUUGGAAUGAUUGCUGUGACAGUGUUUCGUCUUCCUACUCCCUUAGGUGCAGGGAUUAUGUUGGUAUCCUGUGUCAGUGGUGCCCAGCUCUCAAAUUAUGCUACCUUUCUGACAGAUCCACCACUGGCUCCCUUAAGUAUUGUUAUGACAUCAUUAUCUACUGCUACUGCGGUUUUUGUUACACCAAUGUUGUCUCUCCUGCUUAUUGGAAAAAGACUGCCAGUUGAUGUCAUGGGAAUGGUCUCUAGCAUUUUGCAGAUUGUUAUUGCACCUAUUGCGGCAGGGUUGCUUCUGAAUCGUUUGUUCCCUCGUCUUUGUGCAGCCAUCAGGCCUUUUUUGCCUCCACUUUCUGUACUUGAUACAGCUUUCUGUGUUGGAGCACCACUUGCUAUUAACAUUAAUUCGGUUUUGUCCCCUUUUGGUUUAACUGUUUCAUUGCUCAUUGUUGCAUUCCAUUUAUCAGCAUUUAUUGCUGGUUUUUUCCUUAGUGGUUUUGUUUUUCAUAAGGCACCUGAUGUGAAAGCAUUGCAAAGGACUCUAUCCUUUGAGACAGGAAUGCAAAGCAGUCUUCUGGCACUUGCACUUGCUAAUAGAUUCUUCCAAGAUCCACUUGUGGGUGUGCCUCCAGCUAUCUCUACUGUAAUCAUGUCUCUGAUGGGCUUCUCUCUGGUCAUGCUUUGGGCAAAGAAAGGGGAAUAACCGGACAAUGAAGAGUUCAUUGAGUUGGCGAGUUUGUCAAUCCUUUAUACGAUGCAUAAUAUUUGCUGCGAAACAGAGUUGAAAAAUGGUAUCAUUGUAGGACAGAUGGAGUGCACCCUCAGAUCAUCUCCUGAGAGUAGAAUGGAAGUCUCUUGUCCUUUAGUGUAGGGUUCAUUCAUGAGGAGUCGGGAAGUAGAAUUUUUCUUUCUUUUCGUUAGUAUUGUGCUGAAUCAAGUUCUUAUUAUUUGGUGAUUUGGAGUACCAUGCUCCUUGCUUAGGUCAAUGUAAAAUGUAAGCAACAUGGUUCUCCAUAGCAGGUUACAUGAAUGGAAGCCACCUGAAGAAAAAGUGGGUUAUACUUUGGAAGCUUUACUUGCCCAAGAUUUCAGAUAAA